AUGUUUGAAGGAAGUAAUAGUGCCAAUCACUUGUGUGAUUUGAAUGGAUGGAACAAGAGAGAUUUAAGGAUUCAUGCACUUCUUGGUCUAAAGUAUCGUCAAUUGGAAGUGGUAGAACCAGCACGGACUCAAAUCAUUGGAUCACGAUCAACAUUGGAAGGAUCUCGAUUAUUGAUAGUUUGGUUAAUGAUAAAAUUUGAUCAGAUUUGGAAUUUUAUUUUCAAAGAUGUUAAAGAACGUUGGUCAAUGAUGGAAGAACAUCAAAUUAUCAAGGAAUCUUUAAAUAAUAAUAAUACAAUUACAACUGCUCUAUCAUAUAUUAAUUGGAAACAUGAAAAAAACAAACAACAAAGAAUAACAAAUCAAGAUGAUGAUAAUAUUAUAUCAUUUAAAGGAAAGAUGUUUAGAUUGGAAGAUUUUAAAAGAAUAGCAAAACUUGCGACACUCUUUGAGAUUCUACCCGACACGGUUAAAAUCAUCAUUUCUUUUGCUCGUACUUCUCUCACUUCAACACAUGUCCACAUCAUUCAACGUGUUAUCGCUCAAGAUUACUGGCUAGAAAAAAAUGAAUGGUGUUGGUUUCAAGAGUUGUUCACUCUAUAA